CCAGGCAGCUGCGCGCGCAUCGGGGCACAGGUGGCAGCGCCCGUGUGUGGGAACUGCGGGCCGGCUCGCUUUCCCACGAUCGGCGGGCGGGCACGGGCCCCUCGGCGCGCACCUGGGCCCGCUAUAUAACCCCGCCACCGCGCCCCCCACUACGCUCAUUCCGCCCGCCGACGCCGUGCCGUGCGCAUCGUGUGGCUCGCGCGCCUCGCUCGGUCUGUCGUUCCCGUGCGAACCCGCUCACACGUUCAAUCCGACUUGUUUCAUCAGAGACGCUUCCGCUGUUUCCGAGUCGUGUGCGAAUGUCCUCGUGCUUGAUCAUUGUUAACAUUUAUCAACGUUGACAAUAAGUGACUUUAAGUGUUUUUUUUUUCUAAUUCAUUGUUACCAUCGUGUGUUUUCAUCAUGCUUCACGACACGAUGAUGACUUCGGUGGACAUGGAGCAGUUGCAACCGAUCUCACGGACAUAUCAAUAUAGAAAGGUGAUGAAGCCCAUGCUGGAGCGCAAGCGACGCGCGCGCAUCAACCGCUGCCUGGACGAGCUGAAGGAGCUGAUGGUGGUGGCGCUGCAGUCGGAGGGCGAGAACGUCAGCAAGCUGGAGAAGGCCGACAUCCUCGAGCUGACCGUCAGGCACCUGCACAAGCUGCGGCGCCAGAGGCGUCUGUCGGCGAGCCCGGUGGCCGACGCGGACCGCUUCCGCGCCGGCUUCACCCACUGCGCCGCCGAGGUGUCGCGCUGCCUGGCCGCCACGCCCGGGGUCGACGUGCGGCUGGGGACCAAGCUGAUGACGCACCUGGGACACCGCCUCAACGACAUGGACAAGACCCGGCCGCUGAGCGUGCAGGUCGCCGCCCCCGCCGCCGCCCCCAACACGCCCCCGGGCUCGCCCGCCGCAUCCAGCUGCAGCAGCGGCGGCGAGGAGGACUCCGACUCCAGCGAGGACGGCUGCUACGCCAUGCCGCUCACGCCCUCGUCGACGGCGUCGUGCGGCCUGCUCAAGGUGGCGGAGGUAUCGCCCGCCCGCAAGGCCCCCGAGCCCGUGUGGCGGCCGUGGUGAGGCCUCCCCGCGUUGCUCGCCAGCACGAGAAUCUCACUGACGUCUUUCAACAGUGCGCGACGCUACAUCUGCAAGACUGACGACUACUUAACUUGACUGAACUCGGGUGAUCGGCCCUAAUACCUAUGUAUUCAAACAGCUCCUGAUUAAUUAGCCAUAGUGUGAACAAUGCUCAAAAGCUGCAAUACUUCAUUCAGGACUAAGAUCUCAAGUUUUUGUUUUAUAAAAACUAAAUCGUAGUGCCUUAACCUGGUGCAUAGCUUUAAUUAUCUUCAGUGUUUAAAUACUGUUUGUUAAGAGUAAUGUGGUGUAUAAAUAUUUAUUCCAGUUUGAAAGUAGCUUUAGUCCAAAAUGUUUUUUAAGCAGCAUGAUAGCUGCUGUUGUGAUAUGUGUGUACCUGUGAUAUUUGUUAACAAAUGCAUUGAUGACUUGUGUUGUAUUUAAAGUGCAUAAAUUUGUUCUCUAAAUUGAAAAGAAAUUGAGAGAUGAAUGAUAAGCAUGUCUGUGAUUUGAUAUCAAUACAAAUGUUUUAAGAAAUUUGUGUUUUUUAAUUUAAAAUGCAGUUUAUUCUAUUGAUCACAUAGGGUAAAGUACUUCAUUAUAGUUAGCUCCCAUUUAUUUUAAGGUAAUUGAUUAAACAUAUUGAAAAGUUUUUAUAAUUUUAAAUAUAUUAUGAGGAAUCUUAGUCUAUGUGUUGCAACAGUUUAAACUGCAUAAGUAAACCAAAUCCACAUUUUUUUUUGAAAGUGAAAACAAUUAAGAUUUAAAUUAUGAGUACUUCAUGUACUUCACUAAGCAUCAGAAAAGAUAAUGAAAAAAAAA